AUGAGGGAGAAGCCGUAUUCCUGUCCUGAGUGCGGGAAAUGUUUUUCAGAGAAGUCCCAUCUUUACAUACAUCAGAGAUCUCACACUGGAGAGAAGCCGUAUAUUCUUGUCCUGAGUGCGACAUCAAAGAUCUCACACGGGGAGAAGCCGUAUUCCUGUCCUGAGUGCGGGAAAUGGUUUUCAGUUAAGUCCCAUCUUUACACACAUCAGAGAUCUCACACUGGAGAGAAGCCGUAUCUCUGGUUCCUGAGUGCGGGAAAUGUUUUUCACAGAAGUCCAGUCUUAACACACAUCAAAGAUCUCACAUGGGGGAGAAGCCAUAUUCCUGUCCUGAGUGCGGGAAAUGUUUUUCACAGACAUCCAAUCUUUACACACAUCAGACCUCUCACAUGUAGGGAGAAGCCACUUUCCCUGUCCUGA